AUCUGAUCCUGAAAUCAAUGACCACAUCAAAUGCUUCAAAGUGUUCAUAGAAGAGAACAGGAAUAUGUUUGAUUUGGAGAAAAUUGACCAAACUCGGAGCAUCCCUUUGGAUAUUCAAAGUUUACUGAAUGAUAAACAAUUCAUCAGCGGGUGGUCAACAUUUAAUUCCGAUCUAUCUGAGAAGCCUGAUGUUACUUUGCCUCUACUGGAAUACUGUCUACAUGAGGCACUCAAGUGUGAAACAAAGAUAAAAGUAAGAAUUCUAAACCACCAGCCUAUUGUACCUAUUGCCAAUUUGAAGGUCAACUACUUUGGCAAGCUGGUCACCAUUAAAGGGACAGUCAUAAGGGUCGGCAGCGUGGGGUUGACAUGUACUAGCAUGGCGUUUGAAUGCUCCAGUUGUCAUGCUGUGCAAGCUGUCGUUCAGCCACAGGGAGUAUUCACAGCGCCCAGUUUUUGCCAGAGUUGUAGAAGUGGUACAAAAUUUGACCCACUGCAGUCAUCACCUUUCACCAUCACUACGGAUUGGCAGGUGGCAAAAAUUCAGGAAAUACAAUCACAGAUUGCUUCAGGAACCAUUCCGAGAAGUGUGGAGAUAGAAUUGAAAGGAGACCUUGUUGGUACUGCGUGUCCUGGCGAUGUGCUCUCAGUAACUGGGAUAGUGCAAGUUCGAGGUGAAAGCAAAGGUGGCGAAGACAAGAGAGCUGCUCGGCUCCUGCAACUAUACAUAGAAGCAGUAUCCAUACACAGUCAGAGGAACCUUAGCAAUCCGACACUCUCUUUCACAUUGAAAGACUAUUAUGCUAUUCAGGAAAUCCACGCAUCAGAAAACGUAUUCCGCCUCCUAGUCCACUCUCUAUGCCCUGCCAUAUUCGGGCACGAAGCAGUAAAAGCGGGCCUCAUCCUCGGGCUCAUGGGGGGCACGGAGCUGGAGGACGGGCCGCGGGCCAACCCCCACGUGCUGGUAGUCGGGGACCCUGGCUUGGGGAAGUCGCAAUUACUACAGGCAGCUGCUCAUGCUGCCCCAAGAGGUGUCUACGUAUGUGGUGCUUCUGCCUCCGCGGGCGGUUUGACCGUGGCCUUAGGACGGGAAGCGGGAGGCGACUUCGCUUUGGAAGCCGGGGCUUUAGUGCUAGCGGAUAAAGGAGUUUGCUGUGUCGAUGAACUGGAUAAGAUGUCGGCACACCACAGCAGUCUUUUAGAAGCCAUGGAGCAAAGACGCGUCAGCGUGGCCAAGGGAGGCGUCGUGUGCAGCCUGGCCGCGCGCGCCACCGUACUCGCCGCCGCCAACCCCAACGGCGGCAGCUACAACAAGGCCAAGACUGUUGCUGAAAAUUUGAAGCUUAAUUCUGCUCUGUUGUCAAGAUUCGACCUUGUGUUUAUACUGCUGGAUCAACCUGAUGAGAAAAUUGAUGCCAUGCUGUCAGAACACGUACUAGCAAUGCAUUCUGGGCAUAAACGACAAAAUUCCACGAAGAAUGUUCUAAAUACGACCAUCAAUACCAGUCAAAGUGACAAUGAUGCCUCUCUAAGCAAGCGGUUACGUCUAAGGCCUGGCGAAGUAAUUGACACGCUGCCUCUCGUCCUACUUCGCAAGUACAUCGCCUACGCGCGAAGAUACGUCCAUCCGAAGCUAAGCAACGAUGCAGCAAACGUACUGCAGGAGUUCUAUUUGGAGUUGCGUCACAACCACCAAGACGACGGCACGCCUAUCACUACCCGGCAGCUUGAAGCCUGCAUUAGGUUGACGCAGGCGCGAGCUAGGGCAGGCUUAAGAGAAGAAGCUACGGUCCAAGAUGCCAAUGACGUCAUCAGCUUAUUGAAACACAGUCUUAUAGACACGUUCAGUGACGAGUUUGGAAAUAUACAACUAUCUCGCUCAAUAAAUGGAUCGGGUGUCAGCUCUAGAAAUAAAUUGAAGAAAUUUCUGGAUGCGUUGACAAGGCGGGCGCACCAGUUAGGCAAAGACGUGUUCACUCGGCAGGAAAUGAUACAAGUGCACCGGGCGGCUGGGGUCGCAGGGGACCCAAACGAUCUCAUAGAGGCUAUGCAUACGCACUCCUAUUUAUUACUUAAGGGCUCUAACUUAUAUCAGUUGAUUUCAUUCUAA